AUGGAUGAUCCAGCAUACGCAUGGCCUGCCUGGAAGUUCGGUCUGAAGAAGGAAGUUCUGUCCAACAAGCUUCACGACCAGUACAACACUUAUGUUGCGCCGAUCCAAAGCCCCGAAGCCUUUUAUCACGACAUCUCCGAAAUCGCCCAUACCGCGCAUUCUGCUGCCGAGUUUCAUCGUCUAGCCCUCGGUCGAAGACAACAGCGACUCAACGAAUUGAACGAGGCCCUCGAUGGGAGCAUGCCGUUCAACUCUUUCGUACCAACUCCCUCGACUCGCUCGUUCAAUACUUUGCAUCAUACCUCCCCCGAGAACACCGCUGGUACCCGUUGCGUUUGA